AUGCGCUGGAAUGAUGACAGGAUGGAAGAUGCCAUAAAAGGAGCGUCCUCCAUCCGGACAUAUGGCAGUGCCAUGAAAGAGGCUGUGGACAAGCUUUCCCGAACUGUCUUCGGAAAGCCCUGGGAUGAGCGCUAUCGCCCUCCUGGAGCAUAUACAGGUGAAUUGCUGGGAAUGGAGUACCUUUACAGCCAGACUGGCAAAACACUUACUCCAGUGCUCCAGAACCCAGAGGAGGAAGACAGGCUGGUGGAGGAAGUUGAUGAUCAGGACCUGCAAGAUGAGGGGUUUGAGGAAGAGAUCAUGGAGGACAUCACAGUUCCAGUGCUGUAUGAGGAUGACCCUUGCCGUGAUCUUGAAAACAGCCCCUCAUCUUUGCCUUUGCAUCAGUCCCCAGCAUCGAUGGCUGAUGUGUUACUGGCUGAGCCGUCCACAUCAUCAUCUCCUGGUGGAGAACGACAGCAUCUUGCCCCUGCCCAUUCAGUGCUGUCACAGCCAUCUGACACUGGAAGCAGUAUUUCCGACGAGGCUCAGGGAGCAGUCAUUGGACCCGAUGGCAUCGCUGGGUGGGACAAGGUCCUGGAUUUGGCUGGUUUCCUGGUGGGUCUUCGUGAGGCUCCUUACCUUACUGACCAGCAGGUGACAGAGGCCAUCCAGCUGUGGAAAGCUCUCCUAGAUUUCGACAAACAGCGGGUCAACUAUCAGCCUCGACAUCAGCCUCAGCUGACACAUGGGCGCUAUAAGGCACCGAAGCGGUCUGGAGUCACACCAGGUGUGGAGAGUGUAAAACGGUGUCUGAUUGGACAUCCUGGGGGUCCAGCGCAGUGGCCCGAUGCCAACCGCUUGGUUAACACCAUUUGUAUGAAGCUUUGUGCUUUACACAAGUCGUCAACCAAGAAAGAUGGAGUUUGCAUCCCCAGGUGGUCUAAAGUUAUUUCAGAUUACCACCACAUCCGAGAGUUGGUGGUUAACAAUCCAACCCUGAUGGAUGAAACAACGAUCCAGCUGUUUGAGAUAAACCAUAGGACACUCAUUCAGUGGUUUCGUAAGUGGAAGAAUAGACUGGAAAUGGGCGUCCUCGGUCAGGGUCUGACUCCAUCUAACCCAAUUGCUGUGGCUGAUACACACCUGCCUCCACCAAGGGAAAAAUUUAAUGAAGUACCAUCAACAUCAGGCCCAAAACAUCAAUUUUUCCUUCCACCAAAUCGUGGAGGACAGGCUCCUCUUCUGCGACCAGGUCGAAAGCCAGCUGCUGCCACCAGGGAGUUUCGCAUCGCACCUGCCUCCACAGCAUCAGGAGUUGUGCAGCCCAUUUUAGCACCCAUCGCACCUGCCCCCACAGCAUCAGGAGUUAUGCAGCACAUUUUAGCACCGGGGUUAUCGUUUGGCACAGUGUCUGUGUCAGUGGUGAUUCCACCUUCUGGUGCUUCGACAUCCAGUGCAGUCCCAGCUCCCCCUGCUCCGGCGUCUGCUGCUCCUGUGUCCCGUUACACCCAAAGGAACAGGCGCCGACGGGCUGUGGAGAAUGAAAGUGGUGUCCAGAAGAGGAAGUAUGUGCGAGGGGUUACUUUUAACACGUGCAGCAAAUGUGGGCAGCCCAAAACGAAAGAGUUUGGACAUAGCCGAUAUGGUAAUGCCACAUUUUGUUUGCGUGCCUCAAAUGGCAAAUCUUUAGAGGAAUGGUUGGCAGAGCAGCGCCAGCAAGAAAGAUGUCAAACUCCACCACCUCAAUAA